AUGAAUACAGACCGGGCGCGCGGGCCUGGUGGUGCCGCCGCUGGCUCUGCCCUACGCCGCCGCGCCGCGCCGCGCCGCCCGCUGCCUACGGCCGGCAGUGCGCGCAGGGCCUGGAGGCUGCGGGCGCCGGGGGCUACCAGUGCAGCGUGCGCGCCAGGAGCCUGUACACCGGGGCCGAGCGGCCGGCGCACAUGGGCGUCCCCCACCACCCGCACUGGACGAGGCCCUCUCGGACCACCCGAGCGGACCCACAUCGCCCCUGAGCGCCCUCAACCUCGCCGCCGGCCAGGAGGGCGCGCUCGCCGCCGCCGGCUAUCACCACCAGCAUCGCGGCCACCACCACCCGCAGGCGCCGCCGCCCCCGCCGGCUCCCCAGCCCCAGCCGGCGCCGCGGCCCAGGCGGCGUCCUGGUAUCUGAACCACAGCGGGGACCUGAACCAGCUCUCCGGCCACACGUUCGCAGCCCAGCAGCAGACUUUCCCUAACGUCAGGGAGAUGUUCAACUCCCACCGGCUGGGGAUUGAGAACUCGACGCUCGGCAAACUCCAGACCCGGGAGCAGAGAGAGCGCGCGCGCCAGCCUCAGCCCUCCGCGAAGCUGCAGAGCAAUUAAUACAAUAUUUAAAGUUGAGUUCACUGGAUCAUUUCUCAUCUUGCCCGACCAUUUCUAACUGCCAAAGUGAAAAUUCAAGAAACCCAUGUGGGGUUUCCCCCCUGUACAAUUAUGAGAUAUAAUUCUUUUCCCAGUUGUAGGUCUUUUACAAAACAAGAAAAUAAUUUAUUUUUUCUUGUUGGUGGUGGAUAAAGAAGUCAAGUAUCUGA